AGUUAUCAGCAAGCAAAUUAAUAAGCAAUAAUCUGUUGAAAAAUAUUGGCUCGAUUAUUUAGAAAAACAGACAGCAAAACAGUCACAAAAUAAUCUCAUUUUACUCUCCAUUGGACUACAUAUAAAAAAAAAGAAAAGCGGCUCAAAGGCCGCCGAUGAAGGCUGUCCAGAUGACAGCGAUCGGGCAGCGAAUUUGACACGCACCCAAAAACUUCAAAAGCGAAAACCGGGGAAUCCCCCACUAAUAGAUAAUCCCACGGAGAAAAGCAAGGAUCCCCCGUCCCCCACCACUCGAGACAAGCCUUAAUCACACACACACACACAAAUUCAAUGUGGAAAAUGCUGGAUAUGAUGGAACUCUCCGAAGCCGAACUCUUCCUGUUCGACUGCGAUGAUUGCUCGGGCAUGCCACUGGCUCCGCCACCUCAGUUCCUCAUCCCGCCACCACCCAGACCACCGGCUCUGGCGGAAUAUACGGUGGUGCCACAGGAUUGCAACGAGGAGGCUCUGGCCCAGCAGCAAUGGGACAGUGAUGUCUGCCAGGCAAUGCCGAUCUUGGAUGCCAGCCUUUAUAGCAGUCAGUCUUUGGCCACAUCAGCCAUGAUAGCCGUGUUCGCGUUGCUUUUGGUCUUGGUUGUUCUCAUCUCGUCGCUGUUCGUUUGGAAAAACAAACGAAAGGUGCAGAAUCUGCUACCCUGCAAGACACCCACCCGCGGUCCCCUGAAUGGAGCCAUGCCUCUGGGCGGCGGCACUCUGGGAUCGGGUCAUCAUCAUCAUCAUCACGGGAUGUACGAGGAUCCCGAUGCGCAUUUGGGUCAUCAUAGGCCAUUGGUGAUGCACCGGCAUCAUCAUCACCAGCAGCUGCCGCAUCAUCAUCAUCACUAUCAGCAGCAUCACUCCGAGCUGCUCCAAGGCAAAAGCAUUCACUAUCCCAGCGGCUAUCCCAUGACACGGUCGCCACCGUUCUUGGUCAGCUCUUCACCUGGACCCGAUCCCUAUCGCUCGAACGACAAUGUCUACGAGGAGCUGGGACCAGGACGCGUUGACUCCGAUGGCGAAUCUGAGCCGCCACUUCACUCCGACGAUGAUUUCGCCGAAGAUGAGCUAUCACUGCCGGGCGAGUGCAGUUUCCAAAAGGAGAACAACCUCCCAUCGGGCCCUGGACCCACUCCCUAUCAUGAGAGGGCGACGGGCAGCAGUGUCAGCGGAGCAGGUGCAGCAGGAGGUGCAGUGCCAACGGUCCCCACUUCGUCCAACCUGCAAUUGGUGACCCAGGAGCGGCACAGUGUCCUCAGCAGUGGCUCCUCGACGGGACAGGAUGCCUCCACGGCCACGGCUUCGUCGGUUAGCAACAAUAAUCACGAAAUGGCAUCGGGUUCCGUUGCCGCCUCAACACGUCGCACUCCAAGGACGCGACAGCCCCGCUGCUCGCAGGAUCAGGAUCUCAACAACAGCAGCUCCACGGCGGAGAUAGCUGACCUAGCUCCCCUGUACGAUAAUCGCAGUAAUCUCAUGGCCCUCGGAUACAUGGCCCGCUCGACGGCCCCACAGUUCUACAAUACGCUGGAGCACGAGGUGGAGCGUCGCAACCGGAUUAAUGCCCAGCUCAGCAAGGCACCCACCCAGCCGCUAUCAACGAUCUAUAGGGAACGCAUCCGGUAUCCCAAUGCCACCCAGCAGUAUCCAUCGAGUGCGGCCAGUGGCCUGAUGGCGGCCACGAUGCGUGCCCGAACCCAGCCGCGGAUGUUGGACCGAAGACUGGCACCGCAUCAGCAUCAGCACCAUCGCAUCCAUGCCGCUCCUCUGACCCAGGAACCGGCCUAUGGCUAUGCGGAACCGAUGUACAAUGCCAACUAUUACUAUGAGAGUGCCGGAGGGGCCAGACCCUAUGCCUCCACCCUGCUGCCCGCGGCGGGAGAGUAUAGACAUCCCUAUGGAGACUCGAGCUUCGGCUCCGAUUCGGGAUACAGUCAUCACACGCCGGCCAGUUCGAUUGGACGCCAGGACUACGACAUUGCCGAGCCUCAAAUGCAAGCUCCAUCGCAACCUAGCAAACCCAGCAAGUUGAGUUCGGCCUUGAACUUUAGUUGGAACCGCAACUCCUCCCGGGCCAAGGCCCUGCCGGGCGGAGCUGUGUCCAAGGCAUCGGGAAAUAGCAGUAAUAGCAGUGCCGAGGCCACCAGCCCCAAUAACAAUAGCAGCGCCUGCUCCACCGUCACGUCGCAGUUGGAAAAUAAUAAUGCGGCGGCGAGUCUCUCGCCAGCGUAGAUAGAGUUAUAGAUUAUCUCCCUCCCAGAAGAUCUUUGUAUAUAGGGAAAACCCCUGUACAGUUAGUCAUAGUCCGUAAGCUAAGCAUACUGAAUGUCAAAAGCAAAGAAAACAAAAACUGUCCUGCGUGUACAUCGUCAAAGCAAUAGCUUAAUUUAACCGAUUAUAGAUAUAUAUAUAUAUAUGCUAAAAUCGAAACAGAAGAGCCCAAAGUUUCUGGAUAGGUUGCCAUACCAACCAAGUUUUUCGCUCUGUUUCAAAAGCAAAAACUUGACGCAAAGCAAAGAACUUAUAGAUCCUAAGUGUUUUUCCAAUGUGAUUGCCAAAUUCUACAAUAUAAUGCUAAACAUAAAUUAGGUCUACAAACAUUAUUUAUAAUGUAUCAUGAAGUUUAAGCCUAUAAUGUAUUCCUAAGUUACGCAUUAGUUUUGUUUGUUAUUUUAGUUUUUAAGUGAAGCAUGAGAGAAGGAAAACUGCUA